CUGGAAUCUUAGGUGCCUGGAUUCAGCCUUGAUCCAGGCUACCCCCACUUUCCCUGCAAGCUUCCAGGUUAACUCCUAGUGUGCUUAAGCAGCCCCAAAGCUCCUUCCUGCGCGCUCUGCUGGAGGCAGCAUGGAGUUUGUGGGAAAGCGGCUACUUGUGGCAUUUGAAGGCAGCCCUAAUAGAAGACCGUAGUUUCGCCUUCUUCUCUCGGCACUUUCUCUCUCCCCGCACCCCACGGGCCAGGGCCGGCAAGAGGUCUCGAAGGACAGGGAAGCAUGGCUCUAAAAGGACAAGAAGAUUAUAUUUUUCUUUUCAAGGAUUCGUCUCAUCCAGUGGAUUUUCUGGAUGCAUUCAGAACGUUUUACAUGGAUGGACUAUUUACUGAUAUUACCCUUCAGUGUCCUUCAGGCAUAAUCUUCCAUUGCCACCGAGCUGUUUUAGCUGCCUGCAGCAAUUAUUUUAAGGCAAUGUUCACAGCUGACAUGAAAGAAAAAUUUAAAAGUAAAAUAAAACUGUCGGGCAUCCACCAUGAUAUUUUGGAAGGCCUUGUAAAUUAUGCAUAUACUUCUCAAAUUGAAAUCACUAAGAGAAAUGUACAGAGCCUUCUUGAAGCAGCGGAUCUGCUGCAGUUUCUUUCAGUAAAGAAGGCGUGUGAGCAGUUUCUGGUCAGGCACCUGGACAUUGAUAACUGUAUCGGAAUGCACUCUUUUGCAGAAUUCCAUGUGUGUUCAGAACUAGAGAAGGAGUCUCGGAGGAUCCUCUGCUCCAGGUUUAAGGAAGUGUGGCAGCAAGAAGAAUUUCUGGAAAUCAGCCUUGAAAAGUUUCUCUUUAUCUUGUCCAGAAAGAAUCUCAGUGUCUGGAAGGAAGAGGCUAUCUUAGAGCCGGUCAUUAAGUGGACUGCUCACGAUGUAGAGAAUCGAAUCGAAUGCAUCUACAACCUGCUAAGCUAUGUCAACAUAGACAUAGACCCAGUGUACUUAAAGACAGCGCUAGGCCUUCAAAGAAGCUGCCUGCUAACUGAAAAUAAGAUACGUUCCCUAAUAUACAAUGCCUUGAAUCCCAUGCAUAAAGAGAUUUCCCAGAGGUCCACAGCCACCAUGUAUAUCAUUGGAGGCUACUACUGGCAUCCUUUAUCAGAGGUCCACAUAUGGGACCCUUUGACAAAUGUUUGGAUUCAGGGAGCAGAAAUACCAGAUUAUACCAGGGAGAGUUACGGUGUUACCUGCUUAGGACCUAACAUUUAUGUAACUGGAGGGUACAGGACAGAUAACAUAGAUGCUCUUGACACAGUGUGGAUCUAUAACAGUGAAGGAGAUGAGUGGACCGAAGGCCUGCCCAUGCUCAAUGCCAGGUAUUACCACUGUGCAGUCACCUUGGGGGGCUGUGUCUACGCACUAGGUGGUUACAGGAAAGGGGCUCCUGCUGAAGAGGCCGAGUUCUACGAUCCUCUGAAAGAGAAGUGGCUCCCUAUCGCAAACAUGAUUAAAGGUGUGGGAAACGCUACUGCCUGUGUCCUACAUGAAGUCAUCUAUGUCAUUGGUGGCCACUGUGGCUACAGAGGAAGCUGCACCUAUGACAAGGUGCAGAGCUACAACUCAGACAUCAACGAAUGGAGCCUUAUUACUUCGAGCCCACACCCAGAAUAUGGACUGUGCUCAGUUCCAUUUGAGAACAAGCUCUACCUAGUCGGUGGACAGACGACGAUCACAGAGUGCUAUGACCCAGAACAGAAUGAGUGGAGAGAGACGGCGCCUAUGAUGGAAAGGAGGAUGGAGUGUGGGGCCGUCAUCAUGAACGGAUGCAUCUACGUAACUGGGGGCUACUCCUACUCAAAGGGAACGUAUCUGCAGAGUAUUGAGAAAUACGAUCCAGAUCUUAAUAAGUGGGAAAUAGUGGGCAAUCUCCCAAGUGCCAUGCGGUCUCAUGGAUGUGUUUGUGUGUAUAAUGUCUGAGUCCAGAGGACUGACCAGUUCAUCACUAGGGACGUAGUCAAGAGUGCAGAGUCUGUGGUGCCUCGGUAUUGUAUUUUGGCACAUGCUAGGGCAUUGGAAAAUGUUAAUUCUAACCCUGCACCAUUCUCAGACCCAGUGAUUAAUGGGAAUAACAAAAGAAAAAUGUGAUGUGUGUAUAACAGUUCAAUUAGGAGAGUUAACCCCUCCUAGAAUCUCUGCUUUUUAAAGGUAGAAUGGUGUAUUUGACACUUGGUAAAGGUGAAAAGUCUUUGUAGUGAAUCUUUUCUUCCUGGUAGCAUCAACACUGGGUAUAGGUCCAAAUCAUUCAUUCUGAGUUAUAAAAUGUCUGUUAAAAGUCUGUGAUGGGCAUGGUGCACAUGCCUGUAAUCCCAGAACUUGGGAGGCAGAGGCAGGCAGAUCUCUGAAGGACAUCAAGACCAGCCUGGUCUACAUAGCGACUUCCAGGCCAGCCAAAGCUGCAUUGAGAACCUGUCUUUAAAGGUCUAUGGUGUGCCUGUGUAUAUUACAGGUCUCUAGCUGGCAGGAAUCUGAAAUGUAAAGAGGGAACCUUCUCUACCUCUACAAAACAACACUUUAAAAAGUUUCCCUUUAGAAUUAGCUAGAACACGGAUUUACUCACAGUCUCUUUCCUUUGUGGUGUAUAUAAUUUAUUGCUAAUAUUCAUUAUUUACUAUCAGAGCUAUACUAAACACUGUACACGUGAUUGUAACUGUUCAAAGAGUUUACAACUCAAUUUAAAAGAAUAGUGACUCUAAAAACGACUGAGAAAAAUUGUCAAAUAUUUGCUGAUGCUAAGGGCUGUGUUUCAUUUUUAGCUUGGGUAUAAGUUGCUAGUUUAGGUUCUGGCUUAAGCAUGUUGGCAAAUCCUCUUUAUAGUUAGACGUCUGCAUAUACAAUGGAAUGCCAGGGCCAAAAAGCAUGUAGAACAGCUGCGAGGCAGUGGGACGUGCAUCCAGGAGAAGAAUUUGCUUUUAUUUGCCAGCUCUGCCACUAACCAGAUUCUGUGACUUCAGUCUCUGAGUACAUCUGUGACGUGCUCCUUCACCCAUAUACACCGGCCCUUUGAGACAUGGAUUUUUUUGUAUCCGGAGCCGCUGGACCCUUGAAGCCAGAUGAGGACUGGGUGGCUUAUGGGCCAGAUAAACCCUUUUCCUCUGUGUGUUUGCAGGGUCACUUCCCAAAUGUGCCAUGACCUGAGAAAAAGGGGAAGUGCUGCUUAGGUAGCUCAUCUGAACGUGGAACUAUCUGUUCCACGCCAGGUUGGUUUUAUUGUUUUGUUUUUAAAGAGAGAACACUUAAUUUUUUACUUUAAAUAAAAACUACUUCUGAUUGAGAAAAACUUUUAAGAAGAUUAAUAUUCCCUUCAGGUGACUUUUUAAAUAAAUACAACCCUUUGGAGUUGCUAUACGGUACUUUUUUUAAUAAAGAAUCAUAAAAGUGACUGUCCUGGACUAGUGAGAUGACCUAGCAGGUAAGGUUGCUUACCUCGCAGGUCCAAGAGCUGCAUUUAACCCUGAGAACCCACUGUGGAAGGAGAACAUGGACUCCUGAAGGCUGUCCUCCUACUUUCUCAUGUGUGUUGUGCCACAUGUACACACACACAAUGGAAGGAAAUUAAAUUUUUAAAGAUGACUAUAUCCUUUGCCCUGUGAGCUGUCAUUAUUUUUAAAGAAUGAUGAAAAAUGUAAAUGCAUGAGAAUGUUUAUGUCUGCAUUGUAAACAAUAGCCACAGUACAGAGAAAAUCUUUAUGUUAAAGAAAGUGUGCUAAUGAAAUAGUGAGGUACACCGCGAUGGCAGUAACUGUUGGGAAGACUGUAAACGUAUGAUAUGUCUAUGCUAAACACGGUGCAAGCUAGUACUCACACUGUCACACCUUUACGCAUGCAGAAAGUAAUGUGCUAAAUAACAAGAGCUGUUAGUGUAAGGGGAUGCAGAAUGGUCUUAAGUUUAUUGAAUUUUUUUCUUUGUAUUUUCAAUAAAAAUAAGUAAGUCACUGUAGAUGUGGUUAAGAUGUCCUACAUGUGAGCCAACUGGGUUGAAGCAGUCUAACGGUUGAAUAAAUUAUAUUGCACUAAAAUCUGUAA